CAUUACUUACUAAUACGUAAUUUAACACCUCUUGAAAGAUUAAUUGUCUUUCUCAUUUACUUUCAUAUCUGAGACAUAAAAAACAAGAAACACAAGACUUAGAUAGCGUUCAAGUUGUCUAAGGAUCCCAUUAACAAGCAUGGUUCAUUGUGUAAACAUCACUGUCUAUUUCGAAAUAUUAUUAUUAUGGUAUUUCAUCGAGUUUGGAAGUGUUGUCCGAUAUUAGGCAAGACGCCAUGAAGACAAAAACUUUUUUAUGUCUCGCUGUCAUUGUUUUAUUUUUGGCGUUGAUAGAAGCAAGAGGGGGGAGGGGUGGUGGAAGGGGCGGAGGAAGGGGCGGAGGGCGAUCAUCCAGAUCCCGCUCAGGGUCUCGGUCAUCAUCAAGGUCUCGAUCUAGACUUUCAAAAUAUUCUGGAUAUAGAAUUUCUUCCAAACGACAACUACGAGCUGCCAUUUUAUCAGGAACAGUGUAUGGUGCGAGGGGAUGGAAGAGUCGAUCCCACCGCUGGGAUAACGGAGAGUUGCCCGAGGUCUGUUACAAUGAUAAGUACAACAUGAGUCAGGAUGGCAAGUCCUUCUACUGGGGGCGCUUCCUCUGCCCCACGGACAGGAGUAUGAGGGGUGACAAGACCUAUUGUUGUGGAAAGAAGGGGCAGCAGUACUGUUGUACUUUCUGGGAAGAUGCAGGACGCGUGGUCGGCGUGCUUUUUGGUCUCUUAGUUAUCGUUGGAAUCGUCGGUAUCACCGUCUACUGUUGUAAAAAGAGAUUUAACAGGUAUAGGUGGAACCGAGCUAUCUUCCGCACCCCACCCAAGGAUCCCCACCAAAUUCCUCCAGACGACCAGGACCAGAAUGCACCACUGCAGACACACCACCAGGGGUCAUCAACGGGAGAUGCCCUUUACACUGCUCCUCAGAAUGACAUAUACCCUUCCUGCGCCCCUCCGCCCUAUGAACUCGCCUGUAAAUCCUCUGGAGAUCUGCCAUGUGACCCAAAUUCAAGCAUUAAGAAGCCUCAAAAGACGCCUAAUGGAUGCCUGCCCUAUUCAACAGCCCCACUCUUCAAUGGGCCACAGUAUGGGAACACAUCUUACUCUACAGGCACCCCGCCCAAUCUCUCUAGCAAUCCUACAAGUUACCCACCCAUUUGAAGCAUGGUUUAUCUACCAAAUAAAGCCCCCUACUCUACCCAAUAAGAUAUGUGCCACAGUGGGAUGUAGUCAGUUUUAUAUGGUCAACAGGCAGACAUUUUAUACAUUUUAUACAAUACCCUUGAAACAUGUGUUUUCACUCUUCUUAGUUUUUUGGGGUUUUUUAUUAGCAUUUUUGUAAUUUAAGAAGCGUUUUAGUCUUCGCAUAUUUUGAAAAUUGUGCAGUUGAUAGAAUAAAUAGAAUUUUACCAAUAUUCCAUCAUCAAAAUGUUUCUCAUGAUGAUGAAGGCCAACGUGUUAUACCAUUUUUUUCAUCCUUUUUCACGUUGGCCUUUUUUAGCCCUCCCAUUUCAAUUAUAUUUUGACAAUCAUCAUUGUAAGGUAUUAGAAUCCCAUCCAUUUGUAAAAAAAAAUUAUUUUAGAUAUGUUUCUUGAAAGGGUUCUUUUCUAAAGAUCUCUAUGAAAUAGGUUGGAUGUUUAUGCUAUUCCUCUUUCCAAGUCAAGGGUUUCUGAAUCAAAAACCUUGACUUGGGAGGAUUCAUUUUAUUGUACGAAAAAACAACUCUUAAAUAUGAUGCAAAAUAAUCCUCUAAUUAGCAAAUUUUGAAAUAUUGUUUAUUUUGUUGCAAAAUUGAUUUUAUUAUCAUUAUGUAUUGAAUUCGAUUUCUUAUCGUAUUCUUUUUUCAUAUAAUCAAGGAAUAUUUAUUUUCUUUUUAAAUGACGUUGCUAGUAUGCUCACAACUCCCGCAAAUGCAAUGUGUUAGAAAUGGUUGUUUACAUAUGGACAUGUAUAAUCUACAAGAUUAUAUUAUUGCCAAAAUUUCUUUAUAUACACUAUACCAGAAGAUGGUCUAUAGCUGCAGCAUAGGAGCAAUGUGUAAUCUUUCAAUACUGUUCCCCCAUAUACAGGGAAUGUUUUAAAGGCUCAAAUAAAGUUGGGUUUUUUUUCUUUUUAUAUUUGUCAAUAAAUAAUGUUUGUCCUAGAUAUCUAUGGUAUGAAUAUUUUGAAUUUCUUUUUUUAUCCUUUUCAAAUUCAUAUGUUUUGUGUGUAUAUGGUACAUGUAGUCAAAUAAAAAAACUACUUAUUAAAAAUAUUUGUAAAAUGUUGUAUUUAAUUAGUACUAAGGUAACUUUCUCCUCGGGAGAAAACCUGAAUUUUAUGGUGCAUUAAUGGUUAAUCUUUUCUUUUUUAUUUAUUUUAGUACUUAUCAUUUAUCAUGCCCCUUCAAUGUUGUAGAUAUUUAUGUUAAUUAUAUGUACAAAUAGUGUAGUGUAUAUCGUCUACAGUAAUUUUGUUAAUCAUCGAAGCAAGCACAAAUUCAAACUUUCGAAAGGCGGAUAUAAACAAAUACAGUGCAUUUUUAGCUCAUGUUACCAGUUGUGUUAGUAUAUUUUUUAAGUUGUUGUGUAGCUUUUACAGUGUACAUCAUCAUGUUGUUUCAUUAUCUCUUUGUUAUGUUUGUUUUUCAUCCUCUCAAUAAGAUGUACUUGAAUUUGAUAACAUCUUAAAAUUCAAUUUAGUUUUAAAUUGAAUGAAUUCUAACAGCCAGAAA